AUGGAAAAGGCAAAGAAAUUUAGAGAAAAUUUUCUUCUAGAUAAAAAUGCAUAAUAAAAAUUAUUAGCUUAAAAAUAGAUUCAAAUCAUUGGAAAUCUAAGCAAUCUCAGACCAAAGACAGCUCUUAAUUAAAAUUAAGCGAUGAACUUAGAUUAGAAUAUUCAACUUGCCCUUAGAGAAAUAUCUCCACCAAAAGUCUAAAAGCAAAAAUUGAAGGAAAUUUCUUCUUAAUUCCCAAUGAAUAUGAGCUAUUAAAAUCAAGGUGAGAGAAAUAGCAGAUCUAGGAGUCCAGAAUUAUCUCAUAAUAUUUAAUCAUGGACUAAAGAUACUCUAUAGAUUAAUAAUUCAGAAGCAAAUAUUAUUGACCCAAGCAUCUCAGUAUAGGUUGAUCCUACUCAAAGUCUAACUAAAUGGCUCCAAAAUUAGCCGAUUGACACUUUUAAUGUCAAUCAAUCAGUUCAAAAUUAUUACGUGCAGCAACCUCCUUAAAUAAUCACAACAAUGCCGAGAUCCUAGCUAAAUUAAUCUUAAUUGGCUAGGCAAACGUACUCUCCAAUUAGUACUUCGAAGCAGAAAAUUAAAGAAAUUAAAGAGGAGAAUGAGAAUCUCUUAGAAUAGGUAAAGCAGCUCAACAAUCAAAUUAAAUCAUUUAAAUAAAAGAAUCAAAUUUGUCAGAAAGAGAUAUCUAGACUCAAGGAAGAAAAUGAAGAAAUCAAAAAUACUUCAGCAGAUUAAAUCUAAAGAUUUGAAAAAGUGCUUCAUAGAUUCUAGGCUAUUGAUAUUGAUUACUAAAAUGAGAAAAAUGACAAUGAAUAACUAAGAUUUGAUCUCAAUGAAAGCAAAGUUCAGUUAGAUAUGGCCAAAGCUCAUCUUUCAUCAGUAAUUUAGGUAAUGAGUGAUGUAUUAGAAUAUGUAAUCACUAGAUGCUAAAUAGCAUAACCCGCACCAUCAGUGACUCACUCAAGGAAUCAGAGUUAAAGCUAACAUAACUUUGAUCAAACUUAGCUGUCUAAUUCUACUGAUUUUAUGGAUAGAUCAUAUGAUGAUGAGAGAAGAAAUCUAAUUGAGUAGAUCAAAAGUAUAUUAAUAGCAAAAAUUGAUUCGAUUAAUAAAACAGUCAUCGGUUUGGAUUUUUAAAGAGAGCUAAAUAAUAUUAGAAAUUGGAGAAUUAUUGAACCUCCAACUCAGCAAUUGCAUAUUAGCUCAUACGAUACUAAUCAUAAUUCUGCAACGAGUAGAAAGGAUACAAAUGGAAAUCUCUUUACUCAAUAGCAACAUUACUCAAGGAAUACCUUUACAAACUUAAAUCUAAAUUCAAAUAACACUGUAAAUUUCCUAGGUAUGGGUGGUAGUUUAUAUAAUGGAACUCUAGGUGCUCAAUCAAAUUCAAGCAAGAAGUUCGAGUCAGAUGCUACUCCUGUUCCUAGUUUUGGUAAAAUAUCAGCAAGAGAUGAAAGGAGUAGUAAGUUCAAUAUGGAUAAAGGUGGUAGUAAGAAGAAAUCUACUAAGACUCAAAAUAAGGAGAUCCUAAACAAUGACUCUAUGAUGAACAUCAAUCCAUUCCUGCCCUCCGAUAUGCACUCAAAGAUAAGCUAUGACAACAAUAAAUCUCAUUCUAGUAUGUCAAAAGAUGGGAGAGAUAUAGUCUUCACAAUGAAAGAAUCAAUCAGAGAUCUGGAUUCAUUUAACUUAACACCCGAGAAGAUAACACAAAAUAUGCAUUAGACUUUCUCAUAGUCAUUUAGUCCAACAUUAGAUCAUCGGUUGGUAAGCUAAAAGGAGCAUCAGCUGGCAAUGACUAAUAAUAUAAAGCUAAAUCUUAUGAAUGAUCAGUUGUCUUCAAUAGAUGUUGAUUUCGUAGAUGAGUUCUAGUUGAAUAAUAACUAGGAUAGUAUUCAUAAGAGAAAUUUGCCUGGAAGUGUGAAUUAUAACUACCAUCAGGAUUACUUAGGCAAGCCAAGAGUUUAGCAGAGCUCCUUAAAUAACCUCAGACAUUCCAAAAAUAUACACAGCUAGGACAAUUUGCAAGGCUCCUUUGGUCCUUAAGCUGAGGCCACAGAAAAUUAACUAACAUUCUAAUAGGAGUUUGCAAUUGGUCUACAAUCACAUAAAUCUCAGGAUAUGGUAAAGUAGUAAAACUUACUAUCAUUAGAUUAAAUAGAUGAGAUUAAGUAUGGGGGAGGAGAUCAAUCAAGCAUCUCACUUGGUUCUCUUAGUUUUAAAGAUAAUAUUUUGUCAACUUCAAAUCAGAAAAUAGCUUACUAGCCUAUGGAUAAUUCGGUUUCAGAUGGUAGAGGCAUCAAUAUGCUAGCUGCCAAAGCACUUUAUGAAUUCAAGGCUUAGAAGGAUAAGGAUCUAAGUUUUAAUGUGGGUGAUGAGAUUUUGAUUGAGAAAAAGAGAAGUAAUGGCUGGUGGAUAGGCUAUUGUAAUGGCAAAAAGGGUUAUUUCCCUCAUAAUUAUGUCUAGAUUGAAAAUGAAAAUAAUAGUGGCCACAAUAACUUCAACAACAUCAUUGAAGAAGAUGAUUAAUUUUAGAGGAAAAAUACAAUAAGCGAAAGUCUUGGAGGUCUGGGAUUUAAUUCCUCUUUUAAUGAUUUAUGA